AGUCCGGUACUGUAGCACGGUGACACGGCCGGCAGCGAUGGGUUCGGGAAUUACUGUGAGGAGGUGCUGCAGCCCGCAUCCAUGGGGGCGCCUCGCUCUGUUCUAAGUGAGAGGGAAUGGGGUGUGUGCGCUGUGCGGGUCCCCAGGGGCGUCUGAGCGGGCGGCAUCCAGUGCAAGGUACCCAUAAAUAGCACAGCUGCAGAUGGAACAAUACACAACAAGCAGCAAUGGCUCUCCAGAGCAAAUUGUGGUGCAAGCUGGGCAGAUCCAACAGCAGCAGCCGGGUGCGGUCACUGCUGUCCAGUUACAGACCGAGGCUCAGGUGGGAGCAGCCUCUGGGCAGCAAGUACAGACCCUCCAGGUAGUACAGGGUCAGCCACUCAUGGUGCAAGUCAGCGGGGGACAACUAAUUACUUCUACUGGACAGCCAAUCAUGGUGCAGGCAAUGGGUGGGCAAGGUCAAACUCUUAUGCAAGUGCCUGUGUCUGGAUCUCAAGGAUUGCAGCAGAUACAGCUGGUGCAGCCAGGUCAAAUCCAGAUCCAAGGUGGACAAGCUGUACAGUUGCAAACACAACAAGGGCAACCUCAGCAAAUUAUCAUUCAGCAACCACAGACGGCAGUUACCGCAGGGCAGAAUCAGAGCCAACAGCAGAUAACGGUUCAAGGUCAGCAAGUAGCACAGACAGCUGAAGGACAAACCAUUGUUUACCAGCCAGUAAAUGCAGAUGGUACUAUUUUACAGCAAGUGACAGUCCCUGUUACAGGAAUGAUAACAAUACCUGCUGCCAGCUUGGCAGGGGCUCAGAUUGUGCAAGCUGGAGGAAACACCAGUACAACAAAUAGUGGCCAGGGAACUGUGACGGUCACGCUACCCAUGACAGGAAACGUUAUGAACUCUGGCGGCAUGGUGAUGAUGGUUCCUGGUGCUGGUUCUGUUCCUGCUUUGCAAAGAAUCCCGCUACCUGGGGCUGAAAUGCUAGAGGAGGAGCCAUUGUAUGUAAAUGCAAAGCAAUAUCACCGGAUUUUGAAGAGAAGGCAGGCACGGGCCAAAUUGGAGGCAGAAGGCAAAAUCCCCAAAGAAAGAAGAAAAUACCUGCACGAGUCACGGCACCGUCAUGCUAUGGCCAGAAAGAGAGGAGAUGGUGGGCGCUUCUUUUCACCAAAAGAAAAAGAGGGUCAUCACUUACAAGAAGUGGAGUUUCAUUAAACACAAGAUGGAGCCGAUAUUACGGAUUCAUCUCAGGGAAGAGAUGUUUACAAAGAUGAUGCAACCACUCUAGCGACAUCCUGAACACAGCAGAGAUUAAGCCAGAGCAACCACCUUAUUACUUCCAGUCUGUCAGAUUUAUAACUUUCCUCAACACAGGUUUAACCAGAAGGAGCCAUACCCUUAAAGUGCACCUGUCAUCAAGAAUUAACAUACUCUUGUUUAAUAUUCCAUUACGAAUUCUGUAUCAUGCUAGCUAUUUGUUCCAUAAUUGUCCAUUAUGAAUUCUGUAUCAUACUAGCUAUUUGUUCCACAAUUGCCUACUUGUUACAUAACUAUCUGUCUUCUGUUCCUCCUUUACCACUGGCACUGUAUGUAAAUUGGCGGGAGGAGCCCCUCAUCUAGUAGAUGAAAAGGAAUAGACUGAAAAUCUAACCAAAAAGUCACUGUUUUUAAACGUUGAAAGCAUCAAAUUAAUAUUUACCUAGUUUAGGACUAUUACUUGAUUGUAUGAACGGAUGACGCACCCACUCUAUAUUCUCACAUUGCAUUUUGCCCAUGCACGGAGACACGUUCCUUUAUGUGGGAUAAUGAAGUUUUAGUCAUUACUAUAUUCUGUCCAAGCUCACGUUUCAUUUUCUGCAAGGAAAUUAUGUAAACGUUUGUUCGCUGUUAAAGCAACAACUACCAUCUGCCAAUUAAAGUUUGUAGGUGAAUUUUAUACAAACUUUAUAAUGAGACUAGGUAUUUUGUAAAAAUAUAUAUUAGUUUUAGGGGCCUUUAUUUGUGUUGGUGAUAUGAAUUUUAAUGGCCAAAGUGUUGGGAGUUUAAGGUGAUGUAUGGUUAAUUAGCUACUUAUUGUAAAACUGACUUGCAAUAUUUAACCCUCUUUUCCUUCCGUACUCUGAGCUUUCACUUAAUUGGUUCUUCUCUGAAGUACAUUUAUUAUACAAUGUAGUUUUGUUUUUGUUUUUUAAUGCUCACAGAUAUCUCUACACUUUGCAUGUGGGAAUGUUAUAUAUCUGACUAGGUGUAUGUCUGGAAACAAUAGGACAGACAUGAAUUGUGAAUUUGUUACUUAACAAAAUAUUUGUACAUAUCUUUUUUUUUUGUUUUGUUUUCUUUUAUAUGAUGUUUUUCAGAUGGGUUUUAUUUGUUUUUGUUUUUUUUCCCAAUUAGCUGUAUUUGUAAGUACUGUGUACCUCGCCCAGCUAAUAAAAACUUUAUAAACUGGUUGAUUUAAA